GUAUUAUAUUUGUGCUUAGUCCGAGGUAGUUAUUACAUGUAGUAUCCUGAUUCCAGCGUCUAACGUCGCGAUUUCAGAGCCUAAAAAAAAAUAACCCUACCUGGCAACACUAUGGUCACCAUACUUCAUUCUGUUUUCGCGCGAUAAACUAACGUUUCGCGUCCCAUUAAAAUAAAUAGUUUUAUGUAUGGUAUUACAUAAAAGAUUUCAUAAUUUGUCUGAAAAAGAUGCUUAAAAGAGCUAGUGAAGGUGAGGAACACGAUGCACGAAGAUUGCGGAAGAUACGGAAGAUGGAAAAGAAGAUACAGAGAUACAAAGAAGCCUUGACUGCCACUGAUCCAGAAACGUUAUCAAUUUUGGAACAAGAUAGUGUGGAUGAAAAUUUCAAUAAGUCAGAAGAAGUUAAUGCUCAUAGUGACAAACCAGAAGACACCCAAGAACACAGUCAAGAACAUGAAGAAGAGGAAGGUGACAUUGAGACAGAGGAAGACCUGCCUCAAGACAUACUAGCUGCCCUCGGAGAAGGAGGACAAGAUGACAAUGCCAACUAUGGAGCUGAAAUAAAACCAGAGAUUGUUAAGAUAAUCAAUACUAUACUAACAGAUGGAAUGAAUAAAGAAAUGCAUGAAUCCUUAUCAAAAACUAAGAUCCCAAGAAACAUCAAACUGUUAGAUGCCUCAAGACUAAAUACAGAAUUUGCAGGUUUACUCAACAACUCCAUGACUAAUAGAGACAACUUACUGAAGGAUAGGCAGCAAGACCUGGGCAGAGCAAUUGCUUUAAUUACUGAAACAAUUAAUGAUCUAACCAAGAAAGAUUUUGACAAAUUGCAGGCAAUAAAGUCCCUGAGUGACAGCAUAAGAUUACUCAGUAACCUGCAUUACAAUUACACUCAAAUUCGCAGAAAGAUGAUUGCACCAUUUAUGGAUAAGUCAUUGACACAAAACCUAAGUGAAAACAAGAGGUCUGAGUUUUUAUAUUCUAAACUAGAGGAAUCAGUAAAAACGUCUUCUGCAAUGAAACGCACAAUCAACAUUCUAAAACCCAAAAACACACCAAAAAACUAUCAGAACCCCAGGCGGCAAACCGCCCCAAACCAGUACACGCCCAGAACAAACAACAUAAAUUACAAACCAAGACCAUACCAAAGCAAUCAGACUUCAAACUACAAGCCCCAGCGCAGCCAUCAACGUCCACCUCAACAAGUGAGGUCAACCCGCCGACCAACAACAUCCCAUCAUCGAGGAGGUCGUGCGAGGUACCCAUAAAGAACUCCACACCCACUUCAGACUCAACUUAUCCUGGCGGCGUGCAAAUUAUCAGGGAAGCGUUUAAAAGAAGAUUAAUUGCAGAACGUUCAGUUGACAUUAUGAUUGCUUCAUUAUCUAAGAACUCCAUUAAACAAUAUAAUAGUUGUUUACGCCAGUGGUGGCUUUACAGUAAACGUAAUAAUAUAGAUACUUUCAGUGCAUCAGUCCCUAUCAUAAUAUCAUACUUAACAAACUGCUUCGAGAAUGGCCUGUCUUAUCAAUCACUUAAUUGCUAUCGCUCAGCGUUAUCCCUUAUAAUUGGCAGCCAUAUAGGCACGGAUGAGAGAAUUAAGCGCUUAUUCAAAGGAUUUUAUAAGUUGCGCCCUAUGAAACCUAAGUAUAACGAUACCUGGAACCCAGACACAGUAUUAACAUUCUUAGAAAAUCUAUAUCCCUUAGAAUCUUUACAACUAGAGUUACUUACAAAGAAACUAGCAAUGUUACUGAUUUUGUCAACAGGCCAAAGAGUACAGACUCUCUUUUAUAUUAAAAUUAAUAAUAUUAAGUACUCUCCAGACGGUAUCACAAUACUAAUUACAAACCUUUUGAAGACCUCUGGGCCCAGACGUCCUCCAACAAUACUUAGCAUACCAUAUUUAAGUAAUAAACCUGAGAUAUGUCCGGCUAAGACUUUAACUAGAUAUCUAGAAACUACUCAAAAUUUCCGACAAGAAAAUAGCUCCCUCAAAAAACCUUUUCCUUACUUUUAAAAGCCCUAUCAGAGAAGCUUCCACUCAGACCAUUAGUAGAUGGCUUAAACAAAUUAUGAAGGAUAGUGGAGUGGAUAUAUCUAGAUUUUCAGCUCACUCCACUAGACAUGCGUCUUCCUCUAGAGCACACAGAGAAGGUCUUACUGUAGACAGCAUAAUGAAGGCUGUAGGUUGGUCAUCAAGGUCGCACAUAUUUGCCCGACAUUAUAAUAGACCACUAACUAAUAUGGUUAAUGACCAAGUUCAAUUUGCCCGGGCAGUGCUUGGAGAUUAAAAAGUUAUUGUUUUUAGUAUAGUUACUUUAAGGGUCAAGGCCUGAGUUAAGUUUCAUUUUAAUUCUUUAGUUUAAACUGUAUGUUUUGUACUAAGACAGUACAAACGCAUUGUUAUUGUUGAUUAACUUUUAAGAAAAUAAUUAAGAAGCUUAUGAUAAUUACACUAUAAGACUGUUACCCAACGAUUAAGUUUAUUUAAAAUUUAAACUUUAUGUUUAUUCUAAUUUGUUCUCAUUCUAACUGUUAAGAAUACAAUAAGUACCUAAGGUACAAAAUGUGACAUUAGUAAGUCUCUAUUUUCCAUUAAAACAUCCUAAAGUAAAUAAAUAAUGCUUAUUAAUUUUCUCUGAACAUCUACAUGUAAUAACUACCUCGGACUAAGCACAAAUAUAAUUACAGGAUUAAACGAACUUACCUGAAGUGAAGUUCUAUCCUGAUUAUAUGUAGUGCUUAGUCCGAGGUAGGAAAUUCCCUUCCCUCCCAAGAUUAAUAGUACCCUCUUAAUCUCUUACCCUCUUAAUUAGCUCUGAACUUAAUGAAGUAUGGUGACCAUAGUGUUGCCAGGUAGGGUUAUUUUUUUUUUAGGCUCUGAAAUCGCGACGUUAGACGCUGGAAUCAGGAUACUACAUGUAAUAACUACCUCGGACUAAGCACUACAUAUAAUCAGGAUAGAACUUCACUUCAGGUAAGUUCGUUUAAUCCUGUAA